AAUAGCCGAGCGUCUCCUGUUCGUAGUAUGACACAGCGGAUGGACGUCGUUGAAGCAACUUCCUCCAUGUCUUCUUGUUCCUUUAUCUAACGGAAGGAUCACUCUACAAUUAUGGCGUUUUGAACGGGGAAAGUGAGACUUUUGGGGGGAAAGGGGGCCUUUCCCCUCAGGUUUGGCGAUUGGACUUCUGGACGAGGAGGUCGGAGGGUUGAAAUAUCUGCCUUUUGUAAAUUAUUAAGAGUAUUUAGGGGAAACAAACUAUUUUUGCUAACACUGAAAUGCACAAUUUUGUAUAAAACACCCAAGGGGUUUUGUAUUUAUUGAUUUAUUGAUGCUGUUGUAUAUUACAAGCACCUUAGUUUGUGUUAAUCUCUUGGUUGAGAUGGUGGACUGAAACAAGUCUCCAGAAGGCUCUGUGGUAGCUAGGGUGCAGUGGAACCUCAACACAGGCACAUUUCUAGCACUUCAAACCAUCUCAACCUUUUUGUUGACCCGCUUUUUUGUUUGUUGCUAAUGCACUUUUUGUUCUUGAAUGUGUUUUGGAUUUGUUACAUUGCAUAGUUUUGUUUUUAUUUGCGAUUGCGGUGAGUGUGGGACUUUGAGAUACGAAAGGAAGGAGGGUUCACUGUGAAGAUUCGGAGGAGGUCAGGAUGACUCCAUCGCUGCCGGACUGCACCCCAAAGUGCCGCUCGCAGCAGCAUGCGGCCGAGGUGGUGGCGGCGUUGACGGGCGGCUCCGAGGGGCGACUGCGGGCGUUCUUGACCUCGCACUGCCACAAUGCAACCACCUUGAGGGAUGCCUUUGGCCGCACGGCCCUGCACCUGGUGUCCUCGCUGGGAAAGAAGUCUCUACUGGAGUGGCUGCUGGAGAGCAAGAAUGCCAACCUGAUGGGGAAGGAUAAGGAGUCCGGCUGGACCGCUGUCCAUCGCAGCGCUUUCUACGGACAUAUCCACUGUCUCAUAUCGCUGGUGAAGCAUGGAGGACUUCUCUCCACGCAGGACAAGGAGGGUCUCUCUGUCCUGGACCUCACAAUGAAGGAUAGACCAACACAUGUCGUGUUCAAAAACACCGACCCGACUGAAGUAUACACAUGGGGAAACAAUACUAAUUUCAGUCUCGGGCAUGGUAAUCAGGAGAGCCGACAGCACCCUGAGCUCGUGGAUGUGUUUGCCAGGACCGGGGUUUACGUCAAGCAGGUGGUGCUGUGCAAGUUCCACUCUGUGUUCCUGUCCCAGAAAGGCCAGGUGUUCACCUGUGGGCAUGGACUGGGAGGACGACUCGGCCAUGGAGAUGAACAGACUUAUCUGGUUCCUCGGAUGGUGGAGGGCCUGACGUCCCACCACUGCUCCCAGGUGGCGGCAGCCAAAGACCACACGGUGGUGCUGACUGAAGAGGGCUACGUUUACACGUUUGGCCUCAACACCUUCCACCAGCUCGGUCUGGCUCCUCCUCCUGCCGCCGCCCACGUCCCUAAACAGGUGUUCUCCAAGACGCUGAGAGGCAGGACAGUGGUUGGAGUUGCAGCAGGAAGGUUCCACACCGUGCUGUGGACCAGGGAGGCUGUCUACACAAUGGGUCUCAACGGAGGCCAGCUGGGUUACCUGCUGGAUCCUAACGGAGAGAAGUGCGUGACGGCCCCCCGGCAGGUGUCUGCUCUGCAUCACAAGGACGUCACCAUCGCGAUGGCGGCAGCUAGUGAUGGAGCGACGGUGGUCGUGACGGAGAAGGGCGACGUCUACUUGUUGGCUGACUACCAGUGCAAGAAAAUGGCUUCAAGGCAGCUGAACAUCAAGAAGGUUCUGGUCAGCGGGGGGAGUCUGGACCACCGCGUGAUCCCACAGAUCCUGAAUGAGGGAGGAGGGGAAAAGUUGGCCAUCUUGGCCUUGGAUGAAGCUGGGAGGGUGUUUUGCUGGCGGUCCUCCGGCAGCUCCGUGAGACAGUGCCGGUGGGCGUACGGGCGUCAGGUGUUCAUGUCGGACAUCGCUCUCGGCAAGAACGGCAUGAUGUUUGUGACUCCGGAGGGGGAGGGCUUCAACGGCGAGUGGGCCGGAGAGUAUCGGAAGUACGAGGAGAAGAAAGAGGGCAAUGUGGAGGUGUGUGGCCAUUCAGACACUGGGACCAUGUAUGAGCGGAUCCGUCUGGAGAAACUCCCGUACGUCCACAGAGCCGUCAGCAUCACCAUGGACUCCAAAGGCCGAAACUUUGGAGCGCUUCAGUCCGACCCCAAAGCGAGCUUGUACGAGAUCCCCAGCGUCUCUCCGUCCUCCUUCUCCCAACACUUUCGGAGCCUCCUGGACGAGGCCGACGAGACGGACGGCAUCCACGACGUGACCCUGCAGGCCGGCGACCGCACCUUCCCCGCCCACAAGUACAUCCUGUCCAUGAGGUCCGAGUUCUUCCGGAAGCUGUUCGUCUCGGAGCGCGACCUGGACGAGGAGGAGCCUGACGGGGACGUGAGGAAGAGCGAGGAUGCCGUGGGCUGCGAUUUAAUCAUUUUGGAGAAGAUCACGCCGGACAUGCUGGAAUACGCACUGCACUUCAUCUACACCGACUCCUGCGAGCUGCUGGUGCACGGGGCCCGGCCGCCAGUCUCCGGAGCCUCAACGGGACAAAACCAGGCCUUGCAGCGGGAGAGGCUUAUCAGCAGCCUGCAGGACUUGAGCCUGAGAGGCCGCUCGGCACUCGAGGUGUACCGCUCCCUCCCCCCCGCCGCCCAGGGAGACGGUGACGAGGCAAAGAGCAAGUGCGCCAAGCCUGGCAAGAAGGGGAAAGGAGGCAAAGGUGAAAAGGUCGGGCCCAACGAGGGAGGGGCCAACCCAGUGAAGACCUUCCAGGGUGUUGCGAAACAACUGGGCCUGGGAAGCCUGUCUGCACGGCUGGAUGGAGUCAAAUAUGAAAGUGGGAAAAUCAAUGUUAUAAACAAGAAAACCGGCCACAAGCCCAAGUUCUACCAGAAGAAAUGCUCCUAUCUUUGUGAUGUUACUCUGAAAUCUGAAGAUGGUAAAGAGUUUCCAUGUCACAAGAGUGUCCUCUGUGCACGACUAGAAUACUUCAAUUGUAUGCUUGGAAACCCCUGGAUUGAGGCCACCUCGUGCUCUGCACUGGAGAUGCCCACCAGCUCUGAGAUCCUGCAGGUCAUUCUAGAGUACAUUUACACGGAUGAGUCCCACACCAUCAAAGAGUCUUUGAAUGUGGAGUUUGUCUGCAACGUCUUGGUCGUGGCCGACCAGCUGCUCAUCACACGACUGAAGGAGAUGUGCGAAGUUGUCAUCACGGAGAACUUGACUCUGAAGAACGGCGCAGAGCUGCUGGAGUUCGCCACCGUGUACAACGCGGAGCAGCUGAAGCUCUCCUGUCUCCAGUUCAUCGUGAUCAACAUGGCCGCCCUGCUGGAGACCAAAGCGCUGGAUAUUCUUAGCGAUGAAGUGCUCGUGGAGCUCUCUGCAGCCUACAGGAGGAUGAUCCCAGCCAUGCAGAGGAGGAUCAUCACUCCGUAUCCUGGUGCCCCGGACCUCAGUGCGUAUGAGGAUUUGGACUCAGCGUUCAGCUCCAAACCAGAAGCAGAACUGGAUCACUGCUGCAGAGAAAUCCUGUUAAAGAAGGCCAAGAUGAAGGCGAAAAGGAAACCACGGCGCCGCUCUGACAGUUCAGGAGGCCACAAGCUCUCUCGUCUCAUUCAGAGUCCCCCCGCUGCAGUGGUCUCCCCGUCUCCGCUAAAGUCGGGCAGGGCGAACUCGACAGAGUCCCUGCAAGAUCUGCUCACAUCCGACUCCGAGGGCAGCUCCGUGGGGGCGGGCAGCCCCCGAGACACGCAGUCACCCGUCUUCCACGACAAAGCCGAGGAAGACAAGGCUUCCAGUCAGAGGCUAAAGAACCCACCCAGCUACCCCACCUCCCCGAGGGAGUCCCUCUCAGUUCCCCCCAACUCUGCUCCACAAACCAUCCCCAAGGUCCUUCCCUGUCUUGCACGUCCACCCCCAGUCCUGGAUCUGAGGACCAUCAUGGAUAUGGAGGCCAACUCUCUGCAGACACUCGGCGCGACUCCUAAAAGCCCUGGAAGUGUGAGCGCCAGCAUCAAGCUCGCCCCUGUUCCCACCAAAAUGUCCCAGAAGCAGAGGAAGAUGUUGGCCAUGGCCAACAAGGAGGCCAGUGUGGAGUUCACUGCGGAGUCCACUGCAUCCAAACCAACCCCCACGGUCACCGCGGCAAAAAGCAGUGGGAAGGCCUGGGCGACACCGAUCCAGUCCCCGCCCUCUUCGGGCUCAUUUCGAGCGCUGCUGGAGGAGGAGAGCCGCUUGACCAGAGCGGGAGCCCAGGGGGGCCAGCAAGGUGCCCAGGUGACCCCUGUCACCGCCACCUCUGCAACCAAGAGGGUCAAGUUCAAGUGUGCUGAGAGCAGCGAGCCUGAGCGACUCCCUAGGCCCUGGGUGCUGGGAGCAGUAAGUAGCCCUCCCCGCUCCUCCCUGAUGACCUUUGCCUCCAUCGUGGAGGAGGAGAAGGAGCAGGAAGCGGCGCUGAUCCGCAGCCGAGAGAAGCCACUGGCGCUCAUCCAGAUCGAAGAGUGGGCCAUCCAAGACCUUCUGGUCCAUUACAAAGCGCUCGACAACCCCGACGAGCUGAUCGUGGUGGAGCGCUCCUCCAGAGGUCCCAUGGCCGCCCCCACCUGGAACAAACACUAACGGCGAAGAGCCGCUCCACGCCGACAAAGAGAGAACGUCCUCUGCGGUCCGCGUCGCUAUCGCCCAGCAACGAGCCCGCUUCGGUUUGGCGAUGUUCUUUAUGCCCUCUGUCCGAGUCUCUGCCUCCGCCUCGACUGCGCCUGAUACCGGGGAGACACACGGCCCCGGUAUCAGGCGCAUGGGGCCGAGGCAAAUGUUCGCUCGUCCCCGUCGUUCCUUUUUAGCGAGAGAAUUCCUGUUUUUCAUGAGCGUGGUCACUAAAGUGAAGUCGAGGACUACUCGUGCAUUUCAGUCCCCUUUUUUCUUUUUCGGCGGGAACGUGUCUUUACUUUGAGAAAACGAAAACAAAAGUAAACGACUUUCUCCAAAUAAAUGUGAUGUUAAAGUUGCCAAAUAAAUGGAGGCGUUGCAAACACA